AUGCGGCCCCAGACAUGGCCUGCAUGGGCGGUUCUAGCCAUGCUGGUGGCUGCGUGUGUAGUGCCAGGCUUGGCUCAGGCCCCUGGUCCAGAACCGCGUCCAUCAGAUCCGCCGUGCAGCGAUACUGUAUUGAGCCAGGGGACUCCAAUCUGCAAAGGGGGCAGCGGGACCUUGCUGCCAGCCUUUAACGCCUAUGGUGAAGCAGACUGGCCCGAGGGUCUGAAAAUCGUUCUCUACUUUGUUGGUCUCUUGUGGACCUUUGCUGGCGUGGGUAUCAUUACCGACGUUUUCAUGGAGGCCAUUGAGGUCAUCACGUCGCGUGAGCGCCAUGUCAUGGUGGAUGGCAUCGAGACCACCGUCUUGAUCUGGAACCCGACCAUUGCCAAUCUAUCCCUCAUGGCACUGGGUUCAUCGGCGCCAGAAAUCAUCCUUUCGAUCAUUGAGAUUGUGGCCGGCGAGUUCUUUGCCGGAGCGCUCGGCCCAUCGACCAUUGUGGGGUCAGCCGCCUUUAACCUUUUCGUGAUCAUCGCCGUCUGUCUCCUCGCUUUGCCGGCCAUGGAAGUGCGUCGCAUUGAAAGCAUGGGCGUCUUCCUCGUCACGGCCAUCUUUUCCAUUUUUGCCUACAUUUGGCUUCUCAUCAUUCUCAUCGCCUCGAGCCCGGACGUGAUUGAGAUUUGGGAGGGUGUCGUGACGUUGUUGUUCUUUCCAAUCCUGCUUGGCCUAUCCCUCAUGGCCGACCGCGGUUACUUUGACUUUUCUCGAGAUCAAAAGCCGCAUCCCAAUGAAGAAGAGCUGCAGGUCAUCAAUAUUCGCACGGAGGACGGACGCAACAUUGCCUUUGAUCCAUACGACAUGGCCGUGGUCCUCAAGGACGUGGAGACGGAAGCGCUGACCGAGGAUGAGAUUGCCAACAUUGCUGCCGCGCGCAAGAUUGAUGGUACCAAAGUGUCGCGAGCACGCUUUCGCAUUGAUGCCAAUCGCCGCUUGCGAGGGGCUGCGCCCCUGCUUCCAGAUUGGCAGCGGGCUCUGCUCGACACGCAAAAGUCGCGUGCCAUUAAAGAUUCGUACUAUGCGCAUCGCGCCACCGCGCUGCGCCAGGAGCAAACGUUCGGGUUCAUGACCAUUGAGUACCAUGUCCGCGAAGAUGCUGGGGCCGUGACUCUGACCAUUGUGCGCACGGGCGACCUCUCCCAGUCAGCCUCGAUUGGCAUUGAGACCCAGGAGGGAACGGCCAAAGCCGGCUCGGAUUACGUGGCAUUGGACCGGCGCGUUGAGUUUGCGGCUGGUCAGGCUGAGGCUCGCGUCUCCAUCGAGAUUGUGGACGAUGAUGAGCCCGAAGACGACGAGUUUUUCCUGGCGCGGCUCAAGCAGCCACAGCCUGACAACUAUCGUUUGAUUCCGGCUCGCGAGUUGGCCAAGAUUAUCAUUGUUGAUGAUGACAAGCCCGGGGAGAUUGAGUUUGAGCAGACACGGAUGGAGGUGGAGGAGGAUUGCGGCUGCUGCGAGGUGGUGGUUCGCCGCCGCAACGGUACCAAGGGUGCCGUCGCAUGUCGCUACUUUAUGCGGAAUGGUUCGGCCAUUGAUGGACACGAUUAUGAAGGAAGUUCUGGGGAACUGCAAUUUCAGGAUGGCCAAGCCACCUCAAUUAUCCGCAUUCCGAUCAUUAAGGACAAUGUGUGCGAGCCGGACGAGUUCUUCACGGUUCACUUGGAAGAGGUUUCAGGGUCCACUUUGGGCAAGGUGACUGUGUGCCGUGUGGUGAUUCUGAACGAUGACAAGGCGCAGCGCCUUUUGGAGAAGGUGUCACGUCGAAUGAAGAUUAACAUGGAUCGCUUUCGAGUGGGCUCGAGCGACUGGAAGCAGCAGUUUCGCGAUGCUGUGGCGUGGCCCGAGCGGGAGGCGGGCGUUCUGGGCAUUGUGAUGCAUCUGAUCACCCUACCAUGGAAGGUUUUGGCUGCGUGUAUUCCGCCGACCGUCUUUGUCCAUGGAUGGGUGGCCUUUGGUGUGGCCCUCUGCUUCAUCGGCCUCGUGACGGCUUUGAUCGGUGAUUUGGCUUCGUUGUUCGGCUGCUCCUUGGGCUUGGCGGAUACCAUUACGGCGAUUACAUUCGUAGCCUUGGGUACUUCGCUUCCCGACACCUUUGCCAGUCGUUCGGCGACCCUUGCUUCCAAAACGGCUGAUGCUGCCGUGACCAACGUUACGGGCAGUAACUCUGUCAACGUGUUUUUGGGUCUCGGUCUGUCCUGGUUCAUUGCGGCCGUGUACUGGCCAGCCAUGGGGGCAACGGAUCAGUGGCGUGCACGGGUGCCAACCUGUCUGCAGCAAAAACACGACGGCGCGUUCUUCUACGUACCAGCCGGGGAUCUGGCCUUUAGCGUGGUGAUCUUCACGUGCUGUUGUCUUGUGUGUUUGGGCAGUCUACUGUUUCGGCGGUACAAGUUUGGUGCCGAGCUGGGUGGACCUUAUAGUCGCCAGUUUGCCUUUUUCUUCAUUGGGUUGUGGAUCUUUUACGUGCUCAUGUCGUCCCUCCAGGUUGAGGGCUACAUUGCCAGCAUUUGA